GCAACACCAACGUGACAUGACAGUUCGUUCAUCUUAUUGAACCAGCAAGAAAACAAAGCAAGUCGUUUUGGUUGCUUUCAGCGCGCUUUGAGAUUUAUUGAAUAUUUUUAGUUAACAGUUGUCAUUAUAUAAAAAUAGUUAAAUAGUAAAAUGGACGCUUUGAAGAAAUCUCAUGAAAUUCAAUUGCAAGUACGCAACAAUGCAGAAGAGGUGCGAAACACACUCAAUGAUCUGUACAGUUGGGAACAGGAAAUGAAGGCCAAAGAGAAGGAACUGCACCGACGUCCAACUAAUAUUGAUAAAGAUGAGCAAGCAAAUGUGCCCAUACGUAGUCAUAUACUUGCGGAGAAGAAACCAACUGCAAAUAAUAAAAAAGAACCACAGCCGCCUUCUAAAACAAACUCCGUUGCCAAGGAUAUUGAUAUUUCACCGUCGAGCUCCAGCGGUACCACAACACCCACGGAAAAAUUAGAAAAACCGCUUGAUGCCAACGAGGAGAAGCGUAAACAAGCUAAUGAAAUAAAAGAUAGGGGCAAUAAAUUUGUUAAACUAGGCGAAUAUGAGAAAGCUAUUAAUGAAUACACCAAUGCAAUUGAUAUAUUCCCAGAGGAUCCAGUAUACUUUUGCAAUCGCGCGUUAUGCUACCUGAAAAUGGAAAGAUAUAAUGAGUGCAUUGAAGAUUGUGAACAAGCCAUUGAGAUCGACAGUUUAUCCGUUAAGGCUUACUAUCGACGUAUGCAGGCGAAUGAGUAUCUAGGCAAUGAUAUGGAUGCACUUAAAGAUUGCACCACCGUGCUUAUGAUCGAACCUAAAAAUAGUGAAGCAAACAAAAGUUUAGAACGCAUCAAUGAAAGAUUACGAAAAAAUGUAAAAAGCACCAAGGGUCCAAACUUUAGUGCGCCGCGUGCUAACAUGAUUGACAUUUUGCCAAUCGACAAGCCAACUUACAAACGCUCUAAUAAACCACUACGACGUGUACCCAUUGCUGAUGUGAUUGGGCCAAAAGACACGAAAAAUUGUGAAAAUACCAAUUUGAAAAUCUCCGAUGAAGAUAUAGACAAAUUGUUUAAUAGUAAUUGUGGUCCUUUCGUGGAGGUAAAGACAUCGAAUAGUAAUGUGGUUGAUAAAAUGGCCGAUAAACCUGCAACUUUGACUCAAGUAACAACAGUUUCGAAUAAUAGUAGUGAAAAUAAAAAUGCCAAAGUUGUGCAAAAAAUAUCAAAUGUCAACGAAGUGAAUACAGCUAGCACGACGGUUGCAAAGGAUGUGCAAUUACUGAAUGGAAACCGCCCCUUACCACCGCCACCCACAUCUACAGCGCAAUUUUACUCGAAUUGGAAAGAAUUAACGCCUGCGCAGAAGUACGAGUACUUAAAGAGCAUUAAUGUAUCACAAAUACGUAAAGUACUAGGCGCUGGUUUCGAUUCGGACACACUUACAGACCUGCUACACACUCUGCGCGACUUCUACUUAGUGCAAAAGGAUGAUGCCAUCGCUGGCACACUCUUGGAAAUCAGUAAAAAUAAUCAAGUUGGAAUCUUAUCACUGCUCAUGUCGGCUGAUGAACGAAAAAUCAUCACCGAUAUCGUCAGCACCAUCAAAGAGCACAAAGAAAGCGUUGGUUUGGCGGAACAAAUUAUGAAAAAUUUUAAUUUACCUUAAUUCAGUUAAUUAAUUAUGUAUUUUGGUAUUAAUAUGUGUGCGCGAGUAUUAAAUUUUAAUUAAUGCACAUAUUAAUUAUGAAAAAUGUUUGUGUCUGCAGUGCAAACGUGAACAUCAUUACAACAACAGGUAUCCUUAAAAUAAAAUAAUUGUGCAAAUUCACUAUUAAAA